AUGUCGAGCGGCAAGACAAACGAGGACAAGAUCGCCACGGCGCAACAGCUGAAGGAGGAGGGCAACAGCUUCGUCAAGCAGCAAGACUAUGGCAAGGCCCUCCUCGCCUACCACAAGGCGUGGCUCUACGUGAAGGGCCUGGGCGAUGACGGUAGCGGCGGCAAGUUUGCCAUGAUGCGCAAGAACAGCGGGCAGGAGGCGCUGUCGUCGGGACAGACGAGCGAGAUCAAGGCCAUCAGCCUGGCGCUGCACCUGAACAUGGCCCUGUGCCACUUCAAGCAGGACAAGUUCGAUCGAGUCAUCGACGACUGCAACAAGGCCCUCCAACUGGAGCCCAGCAGCGUCAAGGCGCUCUUCAGGCGAGGCCAGGCGUACCUCAAGCUGCGUGAUUCGGACAAGGCGGCUGUGGACCUUAACAAAGCUGCUCAGCUGGACCCCAGCGACAAGGCCAUCCAACUGGAGAUCAGGCGACUGAAGCAGUUCGAGAAGGCGCAGAGCGACAAGCAGAAGAAGGCCCUCGCGGGACUCUUUGAUCGUAUGAGCGCCGAAGAGGAGAAGCCCCCAGCAACCUCCUCCGCCCAACAGUAG